AACGCUCCCAUUAAAAGCUCAAGAGGAUUUAUUUGGGUCGUCCCAGCAACCCAAUCGCGUCAAAGUGUUUCAAAACAUUAUGUGAAAACCAAUUUUAAAAUAAUUUUUACCCAUUUUGAAAUAUUCCAAACACUGAAAAGGAACAGACAUGUCUGCCAGUGUUGUUCCAUACACUCCUAAAAAGAAGUCAGAUGCUUUGCCAUCCAUAGAUGCUACCAAUGAAAUACAAGAUCCGUUGGAUUUUUCAUUUUGUCGAUUAAACAAAGUAGAAGAUGCUUUGGAUGAAGAGCCUAGACUGUCUCCAAGGAAAGAUGCCUGCACAGCAGAAUCUGGAAAGUCUUUAAGUCGCUGUCUUCGAUUAAACAACAACAGUCUUCAGAAUAUUGAACGCCUUGGGGAAAUAAUUAAUGCCAAGUUUGAAAAUCCAAAGAACAUAGCUUGGAUAGACUUGUCAUUUAAUGAGCUGACAACUGUAGACCCUGUAUUAUUAGAAUUUACUGAGCUUCAGAUUCUGUAUCUACAUGGUAACCAAAUAGCUGACAUUAAAGAAAUUGGCAAGUUGUCUGGCCUUCCAAAAUUAAGAAAAAUCACACUCCAUGGAAACCCAUUGGAAAAAGCUAAGGGCUACAAGUUCCAAGUGUUGGCAAUGGUUCCUCAGCUUCAAGCAAUUGACUUCAGUCGUGUAACAAAGUGUGACAGAAAAACGGCAGAAGUCAGGAACAAAUUGAACAAUGCUCCCAAGAAAAAGAAAGAGAAAAUUGAUGAUGACUAAAAGUGAGGUUUAAAGGGUUCUGUUUAUCAAUAUAAACAUGUUAUUUUGUACCAACUUUUCACCCCAUACUGUUUUUUAUUUUGUCCUUGAGGCACAUUAGAUAAAUAAAUUGUAUAUGUAAACAACAUACAUUAUCUGGUAAUGUAGGAUAACGCUUUUAUCUUGCAUUUAUUUGAUAAAUUUACAAUGGCAUUUUAAAGAUUUAUAAUAAAAAUAUUUGGAGAGAAUCUAUGUUUUAGGAGGAGGCCAUAUUGAUUACUGUGAUAACUUCAGUUUGUUAUUUUGUUGAAAGUGAACAAUGCCAAGUAUUGAGCUGUGUUAGAUGUUGUUGAUGAUGUUACAUGGUUCAUGAAUAAAGUCACAAUGUACAUUCAAUCAGACAACCUGGGUUUUUAUGUAUCCAGUCUUAAUUGUACAUGUACUGUGAAGACUCCCUGCAGAUUAAAAUAUCGUUCACUUUUGUUGGUGUCUAAUACAUUUA